AUGAAGCAAAACAAGGACACGAUCGCGGCUGCGAAGAAGGAGAACAAGGAUCUCCUGCAGCAGCUCGCGGAGAAGAGCAGUAACGCGGCGACCGAUCGCGACAAGCCCAAGGUUACCGAUCUCGGCCCGGAGAACAACGAGGAGCUCUACCGCCUCCAGGAGCUGGCGAAGGACCUGCGCAGGCGGUACGACGACUACAAGCAGCGCGCCGUGCGGAAGACCCGGGAGCUCGAGGCCAAGCUGGACAGCAUCAAGGACCUGGAGAACGACGCCGUGAACCCGUCCGAGGAGGACACCCCGACGACUAGGCUGCUGAGGCAGCUCGAGAAUCGCUUCGACAAGGCUCUCAUCAAGUACAACGAGGCGCAGUCCAUCCAGAAGACGUACCAGCAGAUCGUCAAGCGUCUGAGCGACGAGCGCGUCACCUUCGACGCGCAGCUGCAGGGCAUGGACAAGGCGAUCAAGGCGAAGGAGCGGGACCUCGCCGAGCUCGUGUUGCUCGGCCACGAGGCCAACGCGAGCAAAGACAAGGCCAAGGCGGAGCUCGCCGAGGUUGAGAACUCGUUGAGCAAGGAACGGCGGGACCGGGAGAAGGACCUGCGGGACAGGCGGGAGAUGGUGCGGCAGCGCGAGCAGAUGAACGCGGAGACUGCGAGGAUGAGGCAGAAGCGGGACGACGACGCCGCCGCGAGGGACGCGGCGGUGGCUCGGAAGAAAGAGGCGGAGCUUCGAGCCAAGAUGGGCGAGGAGGAGCGCCGACGCGCGUCCGUCGCGGGUAAGCUGGAUAACUACGAGGACGCGUUCCUUCGCAUCAAGGACGCCACGGGCGUGGCGGACAUCCACGAGGUUGUCACCAAAUUCAUGACCCAGGAGGACACCAACAACAACCUCAAGCAGCUCACCAAGGACGGCCAGUCGAGGGUCGAGGCGCUCAAGGAGGAGAUUGACCAGACGAAGCAGAAGAUCGAUGCGCUCAAGCUGGACGGCGCGGGGACUGGCGCGUCGCGCAGGCUCGUGGACGAGUACGAGAGCCAGCUCUCCGAGGGCGCCGCCAACAACGACCGCGUCAAGGCUAAGUUUGAGCGCCUCAACAAGGUGAUGGUGAGCAUGAAGGCUGGCACCGAGCACCUCGUCGACAGGCUGGAAGGUAUCAAGACGGAGGCGGCGCCCCCGGCGGUGACGGACGAGACCGUGGUGGAGGUGAUGGCGCACUGCGAGCGCAAGCUCCUCCGAGCGAUGGACCUGGUGAACAAGAAGGGAGAGGACAGCCUCAGGAGCACGCUGUCGCGGUCCUUCGGCCCAUCCUCCACGGUUUCGGCGCACAACUUUCGCAUCGACAUCUUCGCAGACUCCGAGGACGAUUCCGAGGACGACGACCGCGAGGAAGAUGAGGACGGCGCCGCGAAGGUGGCGGACAGGACCCAGGUCAAGUACGAGGCGGAGGUUACCCUGGCCAAGGCGACGGGGAAGAGGCCGCCGGGUGAACCCUCGCCCAUGAAGUCUGGACGAGGAGCGCCCGCGACUCCGGGAUCCGUCAAGGGCAAGGGCAGCCGCGGUUCCCGACCCGUCAUGGCCUGA